AUGCAAAAGUCCAUGGACAAGAUGGUGAGCAAGAUCAAAAGUUUGGAGAAGAAGGUUUCUGGUUCUUCAAGCAAGAAGAAGAAGUCCAAGGCCCCCACAUUCCCUAGGAGUAGAUCACUUCUCACCACUCCAAGGAGGCUCCCUGCCCAAGAGCCUCACAGAGCCUCUUCUUUCGAGCCAAGGGAAGGAGAAGACAACACGCAGAGAAGGAGGAAGACUUCCAAGGCCAGACGCUCCAGCUCGACCACCGGACUCGAUCGAGUCCAAACAGAGGAAACUCAACUCGAUCGAGCUGAGGGUCGAGUUGACCUGGAGGAGCCCCAGUUCGAGGAUCCGGGAUUUGAAUACGAUCCCAUGCCUUACCAGGAGCCUCCCCGGAGUAGAUGGAACCCCUAUGGACAGUACGAGCUACCAAUGCUCCACCAAGGCCAAGGAAGCCACACACUUUGA